AUGAAGUUUUCCGCCUCCAUCAUUGCCAUCGUUUCUCUUGCUGCCUCUUCUAUGGCUACCCCAAUUACCACCAAACUCACACUAUGCCGGCAGCCUAACCUCCAGGACUGCGACGACCACUUUGUGCCUAUUGACAGUUGCUACAAGGUCCCAGAAUGCAAGGUUCAGUCUUUGAACGCUGAAGGUCAUGUUUGUGACUUCUACUCUCAUGAUGGAUGUUCUGGAAACAAGUAUCAGCAUGCUGGCAUUCAGGAGAACAUGCCCCCGGGAACCACCAUCCGAUCAGUGUUCUGCUGGUAA